CUUCAGCAGGUCCUCUUCAAAAGUGUGUCUGUGUGUGUGGGUUUCUUCUUCGCUACGAGAACUCUUCCGCAAUCAAGUAGAUUCCUUCCUUCUUUCCUUUAUCCAAAUCUCAAUAAAGGUUUCAUCUGAUUGAUGGGAUAUCCAUUUUCUUCAACCCGUUCUGGCCACUCUACAAUCACAUUCCUCAUCCUCCUCUGUCUCCUCUUCACAACCUCUGUUGAUUCCAGCGCCUUGAAACCCAAAUCAGACCAUGACUGCAGUGCUCUGAAUCACUUCCACGACUACAAAGCAAAGUGCUAUUACCUAAAAUCCAUCGACCCUUGCGCGAGCCAAGGCUUCAUCGACUACCUCUCCUUGCUCUACUGCAACUUCGAUGGUUUCCCAGUUUUGGGUCAGUCCCUUCUCUUCCUCUGGCUCCUUGUUCUGUUCUACGUGUUGGGUCACACAGCUUCUGAGUAUUUCUGUUCUUCUCUCGAAAGCCUCUCAAAGCUUUUAAAUUUAUCUCCAACCGUCGCCGGCGUUACGCUUCUCUCUCUUGGUAACGGCGCUCCUGAUUUGUUCGCUAGUUUAGUCUCUUUCAUGGGAGAGUCAAAAGGUACUUACGAUGUUGGUCUCAAUACCGUUGUUGGAGGCUCUUCUUUUGUUACUUGUGUUGUGGUUGGGAUUAUAAGUGUCUCGUUGCAUAGGAGAAGGGUUAAGAUAGAGAGGUCUGCUUUUAUAAGAGACGUUUGUUUCUUCUGUGCUGCGGUUGGCUCAUUGGCUUUGGUUUUGGUUUAUGGGAAGAUUAAUCUCUGGGGAGCUCUUGGGUUUUGUUCUUUGUACGCUGUUUAUGUUGUCUUUGUGUAUUUGUCGUGGAGGUUUGGUGGAGAGAGUGGUGAGUUUGAUGUUGAGUCGGUUCAUAAAAGGGGUGGUGGGACUCUUAGUGAACCAAUCUUGGAGCAGAGAGAUGAUCUUGAUGAAGAUGUUGUUGUUGUUGUUGAUGAUGAUGGGAGAUGUUACUGGAAGUUAGUGGUUUGGGUUAUUACUUUACCUCUCUACUUGCCGAGGAGAUUAACUAUACCUGUCGUGAGUGAAGAGAGAUGGUCUAAACCAAUAGCUGUUGCUUCAGUCACAUUUGCUCCGGUUCUGUUGUCGUUUCUAUGGAACUGGAAGCGGAAACCGACAAACUUUGAGGCGAGUAUUGUGUAUCUAACCGGGUGUUUGGUCGGUAUAGUUCUUGGAUUCAUCGCAGGAGCCACAACGAAGAAGUCAAACCCACCAAAGAAAUGGUUACUACCUUGGUUAGCAGGAGGUUUUGUAAUGAGCAUGACGUGGAGUUACAUAUCAGCGCAGGAGCUAGUCGCGCUUUUAACUUCACUAGGUUACAUCUUCGGUGUAAGCCCUUCCAUCUUGGGUCUCACGGUUCUCGCUUGGGGGAACUCUAUAGGAGAUCUUAUAACCAAUGUGACAAUGGCUCUGCACGAUGGGGACGAAGGAGCUCAAGUGGCUGUAUCAGGAUGUUACGCUGGUCCUAUCUUCAAUACUUUGUUUGCUCUAGGGGUGUCGCUUGUGGGAUGCGCGUGGGAGAUUUAUCCGUCGAGCAUUGUGAUUAAGACUGAUUAUCGUGUGUUGGAGAGUCUUGGGUUUCUGGUUAUAGGACUUGUUUGGUCGUUUUUGGUUUUGUUUAGUAAUAGAAUGAGGCUUGGUGCUGUGAUGGGUAUUGGGCUUUUGGUCAUUUACUUGGCUUCAUUGUCUAUACGUAUUGUACAAACAGUUGGAGAUUCUCACUAA